UUCGCUGGCCCCAUGCGCAGGCGCAGUUCUCCCGCCCGGCCUCGUGGGCGGUUGGGGGAGCGCCUCGAGAACUACGAUGACCCGCACAAAACCCCUGCCUCCCCAGUUGUCCACAUCAGGGGCCUGAUUGACGGUGUGGUGGAAGCUGACCUUGUGGAGGCCUUGCAGGAGUUUGGACCCAUCAGCUAUGUGGUGGUAAUGCCUAAAAAGAGACAAGCACUGGUGGAGUUUGAAGAUGUGUUGGGGGCUUGCAACGCAGUGAACUACGCAGCCGACAACCAAAUAUACAUUGCCGGUCACCCAGCUUUUGUCAACUACUCUACCAGCCAGAAGAUCUCCCGCCCCGGGGACUCGGAUGACUCCCGGAGCGUGAACAGUGUGCUUCUCUUUACCAUCCUGAACCCCAUUUAUUCGAUCACCACGGAUGUUCUUUACACUAUCUGUAAUCCUUGUGGCCCUGUCCAGAGAAUUGUCAUUUUCAGGAAGAAUGGAGUUCAGGCGAUGGUGGAAUUUGACUCUGUUCAAAGUGCCCAGCGGGCCAAAGCCUCUCUCAAUGGGGCUGAUAUCUAUUCUGGCUGUUGCACUCUGAAGAUCGAAUAUGCAAAGCCUACACGCUUGAAUGUGUUCAAGAAUGAUCAGGAUACUUGGGACUACACAAACCCCAAUCUCAGUGGACAAGGUGACCCUGGCAGCAACCCCAACAAACGCCAGAGGCAGCCCCCUCUCCUGGGAGAUCACCCCGCAGAAUAUGGAGGGCCCCACGGUGGGUACCACAGCCAUUACCAUGAUGAGGGCUACGGGCCUCCCCCACCUCACUACGAAGGGAGAAGGAUGGGUCCACCAGUGGGGGGUCACCGUCGGGGCCCAAGUCGCUACGGCCCCCAGUAUGGGCACCCCCCACCCCCUCCCCCACCACCCGAGUAUGGCCCUCACGCCGACAGCCCUGUGCUCAUGGUCUAUGGCUUGGAUCAGUCUAAGAUGAACUGUGAUCGAGUCUUCAAUGUCUUCUGCUUGUAUGGCAAUGUGGAGAAGGUGAAAUUCAUGAAAAGCAAGCCAGGGGCCGCCAUGGUGGAGAUGGCUGAUGGCUACGCUGUGGACCGGGCCAUUACCCACCUCAACAACAACUUUAUGUUUGGGCAGAAGCUGAAUGUCUGUGUCUCCAAGCAGCCAGCCAUCAUGCCCGGUCAGUCAUACGGGUUGGAAGAUGGGUCUUGCAGUUACAAAGACUUCAGUGAGUCCCGGAACAAUCGGUUCUCCACCCCAGAGCAGGCAGCCAAGAACCGCAUCCAGCACCCCAGCAAUGUGCUGCACUUCUUCAACGCCCCGCUGGAGGUGACCGAGGAGAACUUCUUUGAGAUCUGCGAUGAGCUGGGAGUGAAGCGGCCAUCUUCUGUGAAAGUUUUCUCAGGCAAAAGUGAGCGCAGCUCCUCUGGACUGCUGGAGUGGGAAUCCAAGAGCGAUGCCCUGGAGACGCUGGGCUUCCUGAACCAUUACCAGAUGAAAAACCCAAAUGGUCCAUACCCUUACACUCUGAAGUUGUGUUUCUCCACCGCUCAGCACGCCUCUUAAUUAGGUGCCUAGGAAGAGUCCCAUCUGAGCAGGAAGGCAUUUCUCUUUCCUUUAUGCCAUUUUUUGUUUUUUGUUUUUGUUAUUUGCAAAAGAUCUUGUAUUCCUUUUUUGGUUUUGUUUUGUUUUUUUAAUGCUAGGUUCUUAGAGGCUUAACCUUAAUGGAAACGCUGAAAGUCUGCAGGGGGAGGGAGAGGGGAACUGAUAUCUCCCAAGAUUAACCUUCACUUUUAAAAAAUUACUGUACAUGUGAUUUUUUUUUUUUUCUUUUUCCUGUUCAUUCAUUUGUGCUGCCCAUGUACUCUUGGCACACACAUUUCAAUAAAAUUGUUUGGAAAAUAAACACAGCACUUGCUGG